CAUGCCUUUGCCUUUACUUGAUGCAUGCCUUACUAGUACUACUCCUUUGUCAAUAGCUGUUGGACCAUGAAGAUUGGAUUUUCUCUAUCGCCCGGUGGUUUGCUGCUGCCGUAUCACUUGGGAGUCUUGAAGUCUUUAUCGGAUUAUGGACACAUUCAAGAUUCCACUCCUCUGGCCGGUUCCUCGGCGGGAGCCAUUGCCGUGUCAGCCCAUGCAUCGGGUGUCCCAUCUUUGAUGGCACUGGAAGCAUCCACUCGAAUCUCGGGAAUGCUGUUGGGCAAUCCCCUCUUUGUUCCCAGUGGUAGUCUGCUACCGGCACUACGAAACGAAAUGAACCACUUGUUGCCCAUGGAAGCUCACGAGCUGUGCAACGAACGAGAGGGCAUUGUGGCAUUGGCCCAUCGAGAGCUGUUUCCUCGCAACCGACCCAUCUUGCAGACGCAUUUCGAAACCCGUCAAAGCCUCAUGGAUGCCGUCUGCGACUCGUCCAUGUUUCCGUACUUUUUAACCAACAAACCAAUCCGAAUGGUGCGACGAAAGGGCCGGAUUCUCCCCCGCAUGGUCGUGGACGGACUCUUUGCCUGUUCGGCAGAACGAAUUGGAUGUCCUGACUUUGAACAGUGCUGUGAAACAACAACGACAACCAAUAGUUCCAAUCAAGAAUCCAAGAAAGUAGUGGAUCGCACAGUCAUGGUAUCGGUCUUUCCUACCGAGUUUUUGAGCUUGACCACUACCCCCAAGAAGGAUCAGAUUGGCCCAGUACUGGAGGAGAAUUUUGCGGCGCAAGCUGUGCGCUUGGUUCGACUGGCCACCCAGGGGGCAACAAGUAAGGAACUCCAUGACUUGUACGAGCAAGGCUGUUUGGACGCCCAGAACUGGGCCACUCAGGAAGAGCGGAAAGAACGAGAGUCUUCCCGUUCAAAAAGAAGAGUGGCCAGACAGCAAGCGCCAUAAUAUGCUACUCCCUAUAGCUGCAAAUGACAUAUAUUGAUGUUUGAGCGAACUACAAUGAUGACGGCAAAUGCUUUCAGAGUCCUUGAAAGUUGCUGCAGGCAUACGGGCUAGCUACUGAUAGAUUGCUCGCACGUACCGGUACAAAGAAAUACAAUCUAUUCUUUGCUUGAUUGACGACUACAUCCAAGCUUUGAAGAAUGUCAUGCACGAUGGGACUAAUUUAAUAGCUAGAUAGCGAAUGCAAGAUUCAUGUACCCGUACUGUACCUUGCAAGAUUCCGGUGCUGACAUCUACUGUAUCGC